AUGCGAAGACAGGUCGCCUUCAAAACUACCUCUGCCUGUUUCGGUUAUGCUGGGCCUCGGACUCCUGCCAGGCGAGCUUUCUCAUGGAAUCGAGGUCCUGUUAGAUAUUCCCACCAGGGACCCGGCCAGCUUUCCGAUCAUUCACUGCCUGCUGCAGGAGGGUCCUCCAUAUCCCCACCCGGCGCAACGAGGCCAUACGCAACGCUGAAUCAUACGAUGCCUUCGUCCAAUACUCCAAAAUCCUCUCCCCUUUCGAUUCUUCCCUUAUCCACUAUACUGAGAUCCCUAUUCGUCACUACUAUUUCGUCUUCACCUCUCCUCUUCCCCCCCUCUUUGGCAUUUUUGACAGUCUUAGCGAAGCCCGACUCAACCUUCUUAAAUCCUGAUAAUAAUCUUCUCUUGAAGACUCUACUGGGACAGACGAUGUAUGCCCAGUUCUGUGCGGGAGAAACCCGAGCAGAGGUAAAGGGGAAUAUCAAGGAAUUGAAGAAGAUCGGUUUCUCCGGUGUCAUAUUAGGGUAUGCGCGGGAAGUCACAAUGGAUGAGGCCGAGAUACAGUCUCUGGCCCAAGCCACGGUCACGAAAGAACGGGAGGAAGAUAAGGCUCAGGGCAUUGCUGACUUGACAGCAUGGAAGGAAGGGACCCUCGAAACAGUCGACCUAGCAGACGAUGGAGACUUUGUGGCUCUGAAAUUCACUGGAGCCGGGAAGGGAUCAGUCCGCCAUUUGCUACACGGCUUACCGCCGUCGUCCGAGCUCGAAGAAGCCAUUGUGGAGAUUUGCGAGAGGGCAAAGGCGCGCAAUGUAAGGUUGUUGAUCGAUGCUGAGCAGCAAGCUGUUCAGCCAGCGAUUGACAAAUGGGCUCUUGACUUCCAACGACGGUAUAACAAGGGACCAAACCAACGGGCUAUUGUGUAUUCGACUUAUCAGGCCUACUUGCGUUCUACCCCUAAAACACUUUCUGAGCACUUGGCAAUUGCAAAGGCGGAGGGAUUCGUUCUUGGAGUCAAGCUGGUCCGUGGUGCAUAUCUAGGAACUGAACCGCGACAUCUCAUUUGGGCCACGAAAGAGGAUACCGAUAAAGUAUAUGACGGCAUUGCCGAAUCGUUGAUUAAACAGCAAUAUGGAGAAAUCCUUUCACCUCACCACCACCCUUCGACCGGCGACAGCAGUGGACAAAGCAACACCUUUCCAAAAGUGAACCUCGUGUUAGCUUCUCACAAUCGUGCCUCGGUCGAACGAGCCCAGAAAACUCAAAACGAGCAACUCCGCCGGACUGGCACUGAGCAGAUCGAAAUGGCAUAUGGUCAGCUGUCAGGCAUGGCGGAUGAUAUCAGCUGCGAGCUAGUGCAGGCCGGGAAAGUCGCCCGUGAACAGCAAGCAGAGGGGGUGACGGCUGAAGUCGAGGCGCCAAAGGCGUACAAGUACCUUGUAUGGGGAACCGUGGGCGAGUGUACUCGGUAUUUGCUUCGGAGGGCUCAGGAGAAUAGGGACGCGGCAUCUAGGACGGAGGAGACGAGGAGAGCCAUGGCGAAGGAGCUGCGGAGGAGGUUGGUUGGAGGCCGCUAG